AUGAAUAUGUUGGAUGAUGAAGAUGACCAAAGCUUUCACGCUACGCGUGACGGCUACUCCCAUUUGAGCGAUGUCGAAUGGGAUGCGGUUGAACGAAUGGGUUCGACCAUGGGCAUUCAUGCUGUUAGCGUCAUGCUAGAGGCUCUCAAUAGAGAUGCCCAACAUGCUACUAUCGCCAAGUUCAUUCAAAAUGAACUUGACGCUGAACGCGAGAAAGUAGCCUUGCUUCACCAACAAGGUUCUCAACAAGCAGAGUUGUUGAGAGAACAGGGUGCUCAACAGUUUGAACUAUUGAGACAGCAGCAGGCUGCUGCUGGCGGGUUGAUGCACUCGCGUCGACCCGAGACCUUGAAGAUUGACAUCUCCAAGUAUAGGGGAGUCGAAGAGGACUCCCUCUUGAGAUGGUUCGUCGAAUUGGAUGACGCCAUAAGGGCGCGUCGUAUCGACGACGGGGAUAUGCAAGUUGCAUUUGCCCAGUCAAAUCUGGCAGGACGUGCCAAGACUUGGGCACUGGGGCUCAAGUUGCACGACCCGUAUGCGUUUGGGUCGUUGGAAGUCUUCAAGUCGCGGCUCAGACAAACGUUUGAACCGCCUAGAGCUGAGUUCAUGGCUCGAACCGAACUCUUGAAGCUCAAGCAGGGUAAGCGUGAUGUGCACGCUUACGCUCAACAUAUACGACAUCCCACGAGUUGUAUAAGUUCCAAUCCGGUGGAUGAACACACGUUGGUUUCGGUGUUCAUGCAGGGUCUUGCGGAUGGUCCCGUCAAGACUCACCUGUUCCGGCUUGAACUAGAUUCACUAGAACAAGCCAUUUUCAUUGCGGAGCAGGAAGACUUCAGUCUGAGACAGGCUCGCGCCAGCUCGACAUCGUAUCGUCAACCGAGACGAUAUGACAACGGAGGUCCAGAGCCGAUGGAACUCUGUUAUGUAGAGAGCGAGAAGGUUCGCUCUACAGGCUACAAGAAGUUGCAGAGAUGCAACAGAUGUCAAAAGACAGGACACUACGCUUACGAGUGUAGUGCCGCUCGUCCAGUGUCUCGCGACACUGGGCGUAGUGACCGUCCACCCAUGAGAAAGGGGCAGGGACGAGGGUCCGCAGUUGGUGCAAAGACGCAACAACGGGAUGGACCGUCAAAAAAACGGACAGGAUCAGUAGGUGCGGAGCACCCUACUGGUCUAGCAACGUCAAGAGAAUUUGUAGGCCUCUUGAUGAAGGUUGCUCCCAACACACAAACGUUGUGCGUUGCUGCUCUAGGUAAUGAGGUCUCACUCAUUACCUUGAAACUCGAAGUGACGAAUAAGUUGUCCCUUCGAGCUCUAGUCGAUUGUGGGGCGUCCAACAAUUUUUGUGCGACGCCAAUCGCUAGAAGAUGGUCACUUUAA